AUGGUUAUGGCGGAUACUAUUGCCACAGGAGACAAAACUAGCCAGUUUGAUGGAAAACAUAUGCAGGAUUUAGAAAGAAUUUACUCCACUAGGGAUACACUCGAUGAUAAUUUCUUUGGAGAACGUGGACAAAAAGAUGCAAACGGUGAUUAUUACGAUGAAUUAAACAAUGAGGAAACCAAUUACAGUGGAAGUAGUUACUAUGGUCACUCAGAUGAUUCGGAAGUGGUUGGGUUGAUAAAGAAUGAUACUGUGAGCCAGCUCCCGCCUCUCGACAGUUUUAUAUUCCCAGAUUCUAGGGCUUUGUUCUUGUUAGAUUUAGGCAACUAUGCUGAUUUAACUUAUGAAGAAAUUAUCGUACACGGGUUUGAAAUAUAUAUUGUGGAGCAAUGGGUAGCAUGUAGGAAUUUGUCAACAUUGAUUACGUCAUAUACAGGAAACUCUCAGGAUACAAUAUCGGGAGUCAGAGUCGUUUUGCCAAAGGAUACGAGUAUGUGGCCAGGGAGAUUUAGACUGUAUUUUGAAGAAUUAAUGGAAUUUGCGCGGCCAAAAUUUACACCAAAGGGCACUCUAUUUAUUACCAAUCUUUCGGGUGUGUCCUUUGGCUUGAAUCUGUUGCAUGUGGAAUGUGGUGACUUGAGAACAAUUUGGAAGGAUUUCGAGGUUAAUUUUGAUCUGAAAAACCUGCAUUGUGGUGGAAGAUCGGCAAAUCUGUUAUGCCCUCCAACUAUGGCAUCACUUGAUAAGUUUUCACAACUGUUCAAAAUCCCUACAAAUGGUUUUAUUGCACAGUAUCCCCAAAUGAUUCAGCAGCAGCAACCGCGUUUGCCUGAGGAAGAAUACAAGACGGUUGGAAAUUCAAAGUGUCGAAAUACCGAUAGUAAAUCACCAGUCGUGGAGAUGGUAACUUUAAUUCAAAUUUCGUUGAGUUAUUUCAAUUUGUUAUCUAAGAACUACCAGACGGAUGGUCUUUUGUGUGAAGACACCAAGCGAGCUAUAGAUGAAUGGUGGGAAACUUACGGGAAACUGUACCUUGGUACAGAAAAGCCAAGGAAUGAAUGCACACUGGGUCCGACGACAGUAGCUGGCCUAAUUAGUUUGAUCCUUUGUUGCUAUUUCAAGUUGAUGAUAGAAAAUUGCAUUUCCUCUAAGGAUCCCUUUGAUGAAGCUGGUUUCUUCCAAGGUAUUUAUAAUUUCCAAAAAAAGCAUGGCCUCAAUAAAAGAAAAUCUAGAGUUUAUUUAGACCCAAGAACGUUAGAGAAACUCUUUGAAGUGACAGCGAAAGUUUCUAGCAAAGACAUUUUUAAACUGAAGAAAAUGGUGACAUCAACGGUACAGGACAUCAUAGGAAAGGGAAAUCCCAUCAACCUGUCACACAAAAUUCUUACAACAGAUCUAGAUACACUUAUUCAUAAUAUUCAUGGAGGCUCUGUAGGACUACUAUGGAAAGGUAAGGGACACCCAAGGAAAUGCUGUACGGAUAUUUCUAAUGAAGAAUUUUUGAAAUUUAACUACCAGAGAGGCGAUCCUGAUGGGCAGAUAAGAGAAAGGGAAAUGCUACUAGAAAAAUUUCGUUUGGAAAGAAUCGCAUACGCUCAAAAGCACGCCUCCAAAAAGGUUAGUUCUUCCAGUCUUGAUACAUCUGAAGACAUAGGGAGGACCAAUGCUAUGCCCUCAUCUGCAACAGUGUCAUCAAUGUUUCCAAACUACGAUAAUACCAAAUAUGCAUAUAAUUUUGGCAUCAACAAAUUAUAUCAAGGAGAAUACUACCGAAGAAAUUCGUUUCCCUAUUGUAAAGAUCGCACACACGACAACAUUUAUGAAGAUCUUUCAGAGCUGAAGGAAAAGUCAUCUCGUUUGUAUAGAUGCAACUCUUCUUCUGCUGUACAGAAUAUUGUGGAAAAAUGGGAUUUACCAUUUGAUCCAUCUGUUGUUCGAAUAGCUAGAGAUUUGUUACGAAUGAAAUACGACAUCCAAGCGCAGCAACACAUACAAGAAAUGGAUGAGCAUUAUAUGGGUAAAUUAAAUAAGGAGGGAACUGUUGGUCAGUACUCUAAAUUCAACGAAAGAUAUAAAAGACUGCAAGAACUAUAUAAGAAGUAUUCAGAUGGUGCAAAAGUGUUUGAAGGGAGAUUUGAAGACAUUGACAAUAAGCAACAACUUCUUCUCCAUGAGAUGCAAGAGUUAAAUUCCUUAUCAUCUAGGUUGAAAUAUGAUAUGAGGAUAUUGGAAGUUCGUGUACGAGAUAUUGAAAGUAGUGUUGCUCAGUUUGAUUCCAAAUUAAUUGGGUUGAAAAGCUCUCUUCAGGGACAGGGUAAAACUGGAAUAUGCUCUGCAAUAGAUCCCAAGAGUGAUAAAGACGAAUAUGAUAGAUGCGUAAAUGAUUUGAUGACCACUAACAACCCCACCUAUGAAGCUCUUUGUUUAAAGAUGCUGAGCCGCCGUUAUUUUAAAGAUUUAAAGAAUGAUACUGUGGGGUGGUUCAGGUGGUUAUUUGGUAAUAAUUCUUUACACAAUAAUGCCAGUGAAGACGAUAGAGGAAUACGAGUAUGA